AUGACUGAAAUACUUUCAAAUCAUUUCGACUUUUCGGCACCUAGCGUUGUCGCGAAUUAUUUCGUUAUUGAUAAGCAUAAGCAGAGGCAAAUCAUGGGUAUGGAUGUCAAACUGAUGGAGGGAUACUCGUUCGUAGAACUCGAUCCCGAGAAGGAUGCCGACACAAUAGCGAGAAGCUGGAAAUUCUCGGUAUCUGGAGAUCGGGAUCAGUUUGCGGCAAAAAUUCGCCGCUUACCAUCCGUAGGUGUACGAUGUGACGAUGAUGGAGCACUGGCUUCGUUCACGGUGUUGGAUGCUGCCGGAUUCUUCAACAAUCAAUUCACUUUUGUGGAGCAUCGCCAACGUGGAUUGGCCGACAGAAGCGAGCUCAGACUGUGUCAAAAAGUUUGCUUUAACUUCUUUUGUGCCCAAAUUUGA